AUGGCCGAACCAUCUGCUUCAUCCCUGUCGGAGUAUACAUCCGACAGCUCCACUAAAACUGGCAGCAGUAAUGCUUCUGACCACGCGGGGACCAAAGAUGAACCUGAGAGAGACGAUGGGUCUUCUCCGAUAGACAUGGAAUGCAACAUCCAAACGGACCGUAUUACAAAGUCCUUGGACAAGUUGGUGUACCAGACGGAGUUGGCCAUUUGUAUUAACACCUUGAUGAAUGACAAUAUCCUGCGCAAAAUUUUGACGAAGAAACACUUGGACGUCGUUACUUCUGCACUUUAUCAGUACGAGAAGCCGCUGUAUUCUGAGAGUUUAAUGAAUAUGGCAGCCGCGGAAGAUAUCCUGGCGGGAGAUUUAUCAUUGAAACACCGUGUCAAUCCUGACUUAUGUUUCAUGAUGUACACUCUAUGCAGUUACCCAGUGCUAAAACCGCACGUUGAAAGGAUCACGGAACAGGUCAAAUGCCCCUCCGUUGGAUUUAAAUAUCUGCAAAAGUUAGAGGAGUUCCGGGACCUGAUGGUGGUGCAGAUGAAAACUACGGCUGCAGAGGAGAUCUCUGCGAUAAUAAACACGAGGAAGCUUGAGAAAAGUAACAACGAGUGUCUGGAGAAGAUUGGAGAAGACCAAAAAUGCCUUGACGAGGAGAAGGUGGAUCACGAGCAGAUAAUGCGACAAAAAACGGAAUUGAUAGCGCAGCUGAAGCAAGACCUCGCCCUUAGCGACCAUAAGGCGAUUAUCAAGAGGAAAAAGCAAAUUCUUGAUUCUGAACGCCAAAUGGUGCUGUCCACUCGAGCUCAUGUGGUCAAGUACCAGAUGCUGAAGGAGGAAGAGGUCGAGAGCCAAGAUGCUUAUCAGGCCUUGCUCCACCACAGUCUUAUGGCUGAAAAGCAACUGCGAGAUCGUAGAAGGAAAUGCGAAACUCAGCUGCAGUCUUGGCUGCAGAAAUACGACGCGGAGAUGUCUGCUAAGCAAGAAGAGCUGGAUGAGCUGAACAAGAUGCAUGAAGACGAGGUCGAACAGAUCGAAAGCCUAACGAUUAAAUUAGAAGAGCAAAACAAAGAGUUCGAGCCACUGAUGGCGGAGAGAGAAGCCGAAUACCACCAGGAGAUGACCGAGAAGCUGAACAAGUUCAUCAUCGAGCACGCCGCGAGGGUCAUACAGACCGCAUGGCGGGAUACUCUGAAGAACCGAGCAGAGAAGAAGAAGUUGUUGAAGUUAAAGAGAAAAAUGGAAGCAGAGAGAGAAGCAGCUGAAAGAAAAGCAGAACUUGAAGCUAAGAAAGCAGCUGCAGCUGCGAAAAAACAGGCGCAAAAAGAGAAGGCUGAAGCAAAGGCAGCAGCCAAAGCUGCCAAAUUAGAAGCCAAAGCUAAUAAAGGGAAAGAAGGGGGAGAAGCUCCUGCAGAGGGGCAAGCGGAACAAUAA